AUGGAAGUUUUUGUACCUCCAAAGCAAUUGUACAAGAAUAUGAUGCCUCUGAAGGGGGUCGAAGUCCUUGAUGCUAACGCAAAAAUCCCCAGUGGAAUAUUAAACUCAAACACCUACGAUCUUGGUUCGUAUGAUGAGUGUUACUAUUUGAAAACUGGUGUUGAAGACGUGUUUGGAAAGUAUUGCUUGGGGCAGGUUACCAUUACAAUACCUGAGGAAUACAAGGAAGAAAUCCUGAACCAAACCCAAAGGGACUCCCUGAGUUUGCAACUUUAUCUUGGGUAUUGCCUUCCCAGUACCUGUAGUACUGAAGACUUCAACCAGGUUUACUCUUGGGCCAACUUUGAUGAAAGUCGCUGUGCCUCCAAAGCUAUUGUAAAAGAAUAUGAUGCCUCCGACGUAGCAGCCAUAUCAGUAUUUUCAGUCAUAGCUGCCCUAGUUGUACUAUGUACCACUUAUGAUGUUUACCUUUACUACACAGACCAAAAACCAAUACAUUACACCUUCACAGCCUUUUCCUUGUGGACCAACUGCCAGAAGCUUUUUAAAACAAGCUCUGGUGAAGGACAACUGUCAUGCAUUAACGGUUUUAAGGCCCUAAGUAUGAUAUGGGUGGUGUUUGGGCACUCACAUUCAAUGUUUCAGUCCUAUAUAUUAGAAAACAUUAUUGAUGUAGCCGACUUUAUAACUGACGCCAAGAACAUGUACAUGCUUGCAGCCCCCCUGUCUGUUGAUACAUUUUUUGCCAUCGGUGGUAUUUUAACCAUUUACACCUUCUUCAAGGCCCAUGAAAAAGGAGUCAAAUUCAAUGUGAUUUUAUUUUAUAUUCACAGAUACUUAAGGUUGACUCCAGCUUUGAUGGCAAUGAUCCUUUAUCAGGCCACCUUAGUGAGGUACGCCGUUAAUCGACCUGGCUCAGCCAUUGAGAAUUUGUCUGACCCCUGCAGACAAUAUUGGUGGUCAACCAUCCUCUACAUACAAAACUACGUUGAACCCACCAAAUCGUGUGUGGGACAGUCAUGGUAUUUGAUGGUGGACAUGCAACUCUUCGUUUUGACACCUCUUGUAUUGAUACCCUUCAUUAGAUGGCCUAAGCAAACACUGUAUGCCUUGUGUUGCUUAGCAGUUGCUGGCUGUGUGGCACCCUUCAUCAUCACCUACGACUUAAGCUUAAACUUGUCGUAUGGAUAUGUGGACACGGAGGGCUACUUCAUGCGUUACUAUUAUAUACAGACUUACGCCAGAUUUGGCCCUUACGUCAUCGGUAUGAUCUUUGGGUACUUCAUAUAUUUAUUCAAAUCGAAGCCUGAGCUGGUGGACACAAUUCCAAGGAGGAACUUGGUGGUUUUGGGACUUUGGAUUUUUGCUCUGGCCGGCCUGGCAGCCACCUCUUACGGUGGGGCACCAAUUAUAACCGGGGUGGAUCAGGGGAGGCUUUCAACGUCCAUUUUCAACGCACUCUUCAGGAAUGGUUGGGCUGUUUGUUGCUGCGUCGUCAUCGCCUUGUGCAGUCUCGGGUUUGGAGGACCCAUCAAUGGAUUCCUUUCAAUACCGAUGUUUCAGUUCCUGUCCAAGAUAUCUUAUUCAAUAUAUAUUGUGCACAUAACAUUAAUUUACAUUAAAAUAAUGAACACCAGAAUAAUCACUCAUUUUUCAGAGUAUGAUGUUAUUUAUAUUUUCCUUGGUGACUUUAUGGUCAGCGUUUUUGUUGCUUUCUUCUUUUGUGCAGUCUUUGAAUCUCCAAUUAUUAUUCUAGAGAAAUUCCUUUUCGGUGGGUUUAAAAAGACAAAGCCAACAAUAAUAAAUGAAAAACAAUGAGUUUUUUAUUAAAUAUUGAUAAUAAAAUAAAUAAAGGGAUAUAUAUUUAUUGUUUAAUUAAUGAUAAACAUUAAACAAUUCAUUAAAAUCAAUUUAAACAAAGAAAAUUGGUAAAAUUUGUUAAUUUUUAUUAAUGGUAGUACUUAUUCUGGGGGAUUCUCCCUUUUUCUCGUCCUAUUUUCUACGCCACUGACUUUAUUUUUUAAUUUUCAAGCUUUCCAUGUUAUAUUUGAUAAUUUGAAAAUAAAAAACUCUUGAUAAAUUUUGAUUAUUUCGACCGUUUUGGAGAUAUUUCAG